CAUCAUACAUAGUGAGUAGUGUAGAGGUAAUAUACAUACAUAUAGGUAUAACUUUAUUGUUUUAAAAGCUACAAAGCGAAGCAUUUUGCCACGCCACAGGUGAAGAAAAAAGGGCAAUUUGGGGGUACACCGACAAAGGCGAAUUGUUGUGUUCCAUCUGGGGUAGUGCUGGGGCGCCAGAGAGUGUGUCCAAAGAGGGUGCAACGGGGUGUGAGGUAUAUCCGUGUGUUGAGGCUGUUGUACAGCGUGUAGGGUCCGGGGUAUGCGAGGCAGGAACCCGCACCACUAGGUUGAUUGGCUGUUGUUAUCCAGAGUUUGGUUUUGGUUGAUUGUUUUUCGUGCAAAGAGAGGAAGAGGGGACCCCCCGAAAGAGGCUGUCCGGGAAGGAAAAUUAGACAACACACACACACUGAGGCGGAGGAGGAUGCGUGAGUACAAGAUUGUGGUGCUGGGGAGCGGUGGUGUGGGCAAAAGUGCGCUCACGGUGCAGUUUGUCCAGGGAAUCUUCGUGGAGAAGUAUGAUCCAACAAUUGAGGAUAGCUACAGGAAGCAAGUGGAGGUGGAUGCACAGCAGUGCAUGCUGGAGAUUCUCGAUACCGCCGGAACGGAACAAUUUACCGCCAUGAGGGAUUUGUACAUGAAGAAUGGCCAGGGCUUUGUCUUGGUCUACUCCAUCACAGCCCAAUCCACAUUCAAUGACCUGCAGGACUUGCGGGAGCAAAUAUUGCGAGUUAAGGACACCGAUGACGUCCCCAUGGUACUCGUGGGCAAUAAAUGUGAUCUGGAGGAUGAGAGAGUUGUCGGAAAGGAAUUGGGUAAAGGUCUCGCCAGCCAAUUCAAUUGUGCAUUUAUGGAGACGUCAGCCAAAGCUAAAGUUAAUGUAAACGAGAUAUUUUACGACUUAGUACGACAAAUAAACAAAAAAUCACCGGAAAAGAAGCAGAAACAGAAAAAGAAAUCCAUCUGUGUGCUACUAUAAGAGACUUUAAAUUGAUUCUUUAGAUACAAAACAAAAAAAAAGAAGAAAAGAGGAAGAAAAAAAACGGAAAAGUUGAACAAGAUGGCGCAACAGAGUGCAGUAAUAAAUAUUUUGGGAAAUUCGGGAAACAAGAUGAAGAAAAAAUGAAGAACCUUCACACAAGAGUAUUUCUGUUCGAUGUUCCAUUCCUUUCGUGUUAAAUGAGUUUUGAAAAAGAAUAAAAAAUCUCUCUUUUCCCAAAAAAAACUUGUAAUGAUCACACACAAUCCUUUUUGAGAGAAAGAUUCUUUUUUGCGAUUUUUUAUUGCAUUAAUGUGGAGAGCAAUCAUUUGUAUAAAAAAUAAGAAAAUAAGAGAAGAGAGAAAUAUAUUUCAUUGGUAAAAAAAAUAUUUCAUCAUUGGUGAAGAAGAAAAAAAUUAAGAGAGAGAGAGAGAUCCUUUAAGAAGAGUUAAACAAGAAAAAAAAUAUUUAAUGUUGAAGGCUUAAGAAUUAUUAGGAAACACCCCAAAGUGGACGCCGUGGGUCAUCCUUCUAUGCACACGCUCAAUUGUUUUAUCUUAACAUUCUUAUUUUUCUAUUCUGAAAUUGAUAUUUCGUGUAAAAUUGCCCCCAGUAUAAGAGAUAAACAAAAAAAUAUUGAAUUAUACAACCAAGAAACAAAGUGGAAACUUAUGAUUACAAAUAUUAAAUAAAAAUUGAGAGAUAAAAAAUUA